CAAAGAAUAUCCAGUCAUUUCCAAAAGCAUCAUGAGGCAGAGGUUGGUGUCCAGUCACGGCCAGCUUUCAACAAAGCCGGAUGUUAACCCACUUCACGGGAAUCACCAGACCCUUCAACAUUAUCAGUAUGAGAACGGUGCUCACAUGCAAUUUGCAGCUUCAGAUACUCAAGAUCUGCCACUCAACACCUUCACAGCACAGAGAGAUUCAGGGCUCUUCUAUCAUUGCCUAAAAAGAAGAGAAAGUGCUCGGCACCUGGACCUGCCCUGCAAACGCUCCUACCUGGAAGCCUCCUCUUCUGUAGGAGACGAUCACUAUUUCCGUUCCCCGCCUCCGUACGAUCAGCAGAUGUUAAGCCCUUCCUAUUGCAGCGAGGUGACUCCGAGGGAAGCGUGCAUGUACUCUAGUUCUGGGGCUGAAAUCGCUGGUGUCUCGGCGGUUGACGACUUGCCACCUCCACCUCCCCCCUUGAGCUGCAAUAUGUGGACUUCUGUCGCACCUUACACCAGCUACAGUGUUCAGACAAUGGAAACUGUCCCUUACCAGCCUUUCCCUGCUCAUUUUACUGCCACCACCAUGAUGCCGCGGCUCCCGUCCAUCACGGGUCAAGGCUCGCAGCCACCAGGUAACAGCCACUUCAGUGUCUACAACCAGCUGUCCCAGUCUCAGGUUCGGGAGCGCGUUCCUUCUUCAUCUUUCCCCAGGGAAAGGGUGCACCCGUCUGUGUGCGAGAGAAAACCCCCCUCUCCGCACCUAAACGCGGCGAACGAAUUCCUGUACUCACAAAGCUUUUCCUUGUCGAGGGAGUCGUCGCUGCAGUAUCAUUCAGGGAUGGGGACUGUGGAGAACUGGACUGACGGAUGA